AAAAAAAAAAGUGAUGGAGGAAAAGCAAAUAAAUCCCAUGGCCCAAACCAACACAUAGAACUUUGGUUCAUCAAACAGGCAAAGGCCUAAUGGUUGCUUUCUUCUCUUCUUCUUAAAGAUUCUUAUAAUCAUUUUGUGUGUGGUUUAUUACCUUAGUAGCUAUAUUCAGGAGAUGGGCAGAUCAGGCACUAGGUUGCCAAGCUUUUGCCUCAAUAGGAUUAGGCCUCAUGUUAGAGUUCGGUCUCCUCCAAUACAAGCCAAGGUCAAUUUGAAUUCAGCUACAACUGAUCACAAGCAUGAGAAUAAUGGCAAAGUUGAAGAAGAUAAACCCAGCCAUGGAGAAAAGAAACCUGGUUUUGUAAUGGGUAGGAAGAUCAUGAUCGUGGUUGAUUCCAGCAUUGAAGCCAAGGGAGCUUUACAAUGGGCACUCUCUCACACUGUCCAGUGCCAUGACACAGUUAUUCUUCUCUAUGUCACAAAACCCUCAAAACAAGUUCCAGUUACAAAUGAUGAGUCCAACAAGAACACGGCUUAUGAACCGGUUUCCACCUUGAAAACCAUGUGCAAGCAAAAGAGACCCGAGGUAGAAGUUGAGGUAGCAGUGGUGGAGGGGAAAGAGAAAGGUCCAACAAUAGUGGAAGAGGCCAAAAAGCAAGGAGCGGCGCUUCUGGUUUUGGGGCAAAAAAAGAAGUCCAUGACAUGGCGGCUCAUCAUGAUGUGGGCGGGGAACCGGAUUACUGGUGGAGUUGUAGAGUAUUGUAUCCAAAAUGCUAGUUGCAUGGCAGUUGCAGUAAGAAGAAAAAGCAAAAAACUUGGAGGUUAUUUGAUCACCACUAAGCGGCACAAGGACUUUUGGCUCUUGGCCUAAAUCAAACACCAUCAUCAUUGAAUAUAUGUAAUUGUAUUCUUUAAUCUAGUGUUGUUGUUUGUAAAUAUAAUACUAGUAAAGUAUAUUGAGGAAAAAAAAUGUGGGGUUUGGUGUGUGGAUGAAAAAAGUGUGUUGUGUGUUUAUUGAUGGACAUGGAAAUUGUGGGGCCAAGGGAAACACAGUUGGGUCCCUAUAGGGUCUUUACUGGAUGCUACAAUGGCCUAAAAGAAGCACAUGGUUGUUGCAGUGGAGAUGCUAGGUUUGUUCAGCUUUGCUGAAGCUGCAAAACACUGAUCUUAUGCAAUUGUUGUAAAUUUACAACAAAUUUAGCCUUUGAAAAUUGGUUUUCUGCUUGAAAUUUUAUCAGUUGGUUUACAAAUAAA